GCCUAAUUUCAAAGUCGGCGUCCUGUACAGAUUGAUCGGUGCAUUCGUCCAACUCCGUUAAUUUCCGGUAAUUUCCGCAAUCGUCAAGUAAACAAAAAUGGCUGCCCAACCAAAAACUGAUCCUCCUCACGGAAUGGAGCCCUACGACCUCGGGGGACCAGGAGACCUUGGAGCAUUGAGUCCGGAACAACAGGAGAAACUUAAUAAAUUCAAAAUUCAAACCAGAUUAGAAAAUGAAAAAUAUUUGCGGAAACACCCCGAAGUUGAAUGUUUACUGGCAGGCUUCCUUGGAGAGAUUUUGACUCACAGACCAGAAAAUGUUAGAGAAUUUGCAGCAGAGCAUUUUACGAGAAAUGAUUUGAGCGAUAAGGUUGUUGAAAGACUGAUUGCUAAAUCCUUAAGCUGAAUCUCCCAUGGAAAUAAACCCAUUUCACAGAUGAAAGCCUCCCCGAGAAAGUCACAAAACAACUGCAAGAUCGGCAGAAUCUCUUGAAGAAAAAUAGAACUUUACAGAAAAUGACGCCAUCUUAAUUCCUGCUUGAUUAAAAUAACAGUAUUACGACAAUACAUGGAAAUAGGAAGUCCAGUUCUGAACAGUUUCAUACAAAAGCUUUCUGCUGAAUGCAAUUAAAUAGCCAAAUUAAGCAAGUUACAAUUAUGCUUAACAAAAAAUGGAUUCACUUGCGUGUUGUCACAUCUACUGGCGCCAUCUAGUUUUAAUCGUAAAUAAUGUUGAUUGAGCUAUAAUCAACUAGGACUGGAUACAUUUUACUUACAUAUUGUUCAGUUACUGUAAAUUGCUUUAAUUUAGCGCUACUUAAUUUGGCAGAUAGAGAAAAUUUGAAAUUUUG